AUGCUUCCGCCUCUGCGUAUUGCAAUCCUCGAGUGUGAUGAGCUGACCGGAGAGACUAAGAAGGACUACGGUAGCAUUAGCAAUGUAUACAAAAAGUUCCUUGAGGCCGGUGCAUCAAAACUCGAAGCGAGCGGUCUCUAUGACCGACCCAGUCUCGACAUUUCUUCCUACGAUGUGGUAAACAAGCAAGAAUAUCCAGACACCGAAAGUAUCGAUGCAGUAUUCUUGACAGGCAGUCCUCACUUCUCAUUGUUGGUGCAAGGAUAUGAUUCUUUCACGCCAGGUGAAAAUGACUGGAUAUCAAAGCUCGUCGACUUCAUCAAAGUAAUGCUGCAAAACCAAUCUCGGGUUCGGAUAAUGGCUGUCUGCUUUGGGCAUCAGAUCGUCGGACGCGCAUAUGGAGUUAUGCCAGAAAGGAAUGAUGCCGGCUGGGAGGUCUCUGUUACCCCUAUGGUACUAACAGAGAGAGGGAAGCAAGUCUUCGAACAGGAUUCACUAGCGCUUCAUCAGAUGCAUCGCGACAUUCUCCCACGGUACCCACCGUAUGUUGAGAAGCUUGGCCACUCGGAUCUUUGCGAUGUGCAAGGUAUCUAUGUCAAGAACCGUGUCAUUACUUUACAAGGGCAUCCGGAGUACAACACAAAAAUUGCCAGCGGCGAAGAUGGCGCUGCGAUGAAGGAUAACCACUCUAUCAUCGACAAGUGGCCCUUCAUGUUGAAGCUCCGACCUGGCCAGCAAGGAGCACAAGAAGGGUUUGACCGGUCCAUUGGCGGAGGAAUGUCAGGGAAGGCGCGCUGCCCUACGAUUAUGGCAGCAUCGGACCCGGAAGCACAGCCCUGGGGAUAUAUCACCUAUCGGACUGUUUAUACUCCCGAGUCAAACGCUGUCUGGGAUUCCGUUACCACCAAGCUCGAGAAUUAUAUGAGUAACUCACCAUCUCCAGGCUGCACAAAGGGUGGGAAAUGGGCGGCACCGCAUCUCUGGUACAUGAACAAUGCUACCCUCUACAACGGACUCUCGAUUAAUCAAGUCCGCGACGAUUUUACCAACCGUGUUAGGGAUAGUGUUGACCUAUUUAACCAAGGAGCCUAUGAGGAGUUCUCUUGGGGUGUUCAUGACUGGAUCUGCCUUGUGAUUGAUGAGGAAGUGAUAUACUCUAUUAUCAAUGAUGCCCCAGAGGAUGUAUCUGAGGCAGAACGGUUAUUCAAUUGUUCUUCGGCUUCCCCCAAGCAGCCGAUACCAUAUGUGAAGGCAGUUGGUCGCGAUUAUGACCCACCUGAUCCCAAUAAACCUCCAAGGCGAGCACCCUUUGCUACCCAUAGAGAGUAUCGUGGCUGGAUGAAGGCUGGUCUAUUGUGGAUAGGGGCUAUGUAUCAUCUUGAAGAAAUGGAGGUUGAAUGUCCAGGCUGGGAUCCAGCUUUGGGCGAUGAAGCAUACCCAGUUUAUUAA